AUGUCACUUGUUAAUCAUCAGGUUGAUGAAAAACAUUCAACAGAGUCUAAAACUACUCUACCAAUAGGACAAACUGAUCCAAAUGAAUUCAUGUCUGCUGUUAAUCAACAUAAUUCAUCACAUUAUUUAGAUUAUUCAAAUGGGUUACAAUUAAAAUCUAAUUCAUUUAUAAAUACUACUAAUAGUAUAAUGAAUGAAACAAAUUCUUCAACUAUUCAACAAUCUACAUUAAAUUAUCCUCAUAAUUCUACAUUGAUUAUGAAUACUGGAUCACAAUUAUUGAAUAAUGAUGUUAAUAAAUUUCAAGAUGCUCAAGAAAUAUUAGAUGAUCAUUGUUCACGAAUUUGGGCAGAUGAAUCCGAUAUGAAUAUUGACACCCAAUUAUUAUUAUCAUAUUCAAAAAGACAACAAAAUGAUUUGAUGCAUACACUGUAUCCUUCAAUGUUAUCUGAUGAUACACUUGUAAAUUCAAUGAAGCAUAAUACAACUGGUAUUGUACACAAUGGAUCUAAUGUUAAAGAACUCUUCUUUGUAUCUUCAAAUAAUAAUAAUAAUAACAGGACAGAAAUAUCAGAUAAUUCUCAUCGAAGACGACAUAUUACUGCUUCUGGUGGUAAUGUGACUUAUCGAAGUUUCAAUCGACCUAAUAAAGCUGAUAUACGGUCUAUCGCUUCAUGGGAUAGUGGUGUUGUAAGUAAUUAUUAUGAAAAAAAGCAUCGAUUACAUCAUCAUCAUGAUGAUUUAGAUAUUAUGGAUGAUACAGUAGACACUGCAUCAAUUUUAGAAGCGGCUAGUUUGCAAGCUUUAUCAUCAUCAACUACAGAGUUAGCUCUUGUCAAUGGUGAAGUAACUGCUAAACUAGUUGAGAAAAUUAUACGUCAUUAUCCACGUGGAAUAUUCGAUGGUGACAAUGAUUAUGUUAGAAAGAAUCAUACAAAUACAAGCGAAAAGUCAUAUUUCAAAUCAAGUCAAUUUAAAGAAACCUCAAAUUUGAAUCAUGCAUAUCCGUUUAGUAGUAGUAGGUUGAGAAGAAGAAGUAAACAAUGUGAAUCUUUUACGAAUCACCGUCAUCAUCACUAUCUUACCCAAUCCCUGGUGUUAAUUUGA